AAAAGAUUUUAUUUGUAAAGUUCAGUUCACUAAAAAUUUGCUAAAUGGAUUUUAUCUGUUGAGGAAUAAAACAAAAGGAAGAUAAGAAUGAUAAAUAAUGUAAAAACGAAUAAUGUUAAUAUUAAUGUAACUAGUGUCACAGUGAAUUAGUGGUGGAAAGUUGGUAUUGCAGAAGAGAAAUAAAAGUAAGGUUAAGCUUUCCUCUCUAGCCAAUAACACUCAAUAUUCAGAGAAAGUGAAAGAAUUCAAAAGGAAGAAAGAAACCAUGUUUUGAGGAAGGAGACAUGCAUCAUCUCAACCUCACAUGAUUUAUAUUUUGACUAUUUGUACUCUGCUCUGAGAGGAAACAUACCCAUUUUUGGGUGAUUGGUAGAUAAUGCAAGAGUUCCAUAGCAAAGAUUCAUUGUCUAGUCCUACAACUUCUUGGGGAAAAUCCAUGUUCACUAACUCAAAUGUCCAAGGAUCAUCAUCAUCAUCCAUGACCGACAACAACAACAACAACACGUUAAGCUUGAUGACGAUGGAGAUGACGUCUACCCAUUUCCCAGGGAUGAAACGAACUGGUUUUCAAUUGCAGGGCCAUGAUGAUUCUUCCUCUACACAAUCCACUGGAGGAGAGUCAUUUGGUGACGUUGCAAGUUUGGGGGGACAUAAUAGUAAUCGUUGUGGCCACAACUUUGUUACCCAUCUCUCAGGUUAUCCUUGUGGAAGUCAUCCAAAACCAAUCGUGUCAAAGGUUUCUCAAAACUCAGUGGUUCCUCCUGCUAUUGAGGCUUCUUGGUCUCUACAUGGCAAUGGUUUCAUGUCUUUUCCAUAUGCAUCACAACACACGGUUCUGCAGCAUCCACAAACUGGAGAGUUGAUGGUUCCUUCUAGAAUGCUUCUUCCUCACAACAUUCCAGAGAACGAACCAGUUUUCGUCAAUGCGAAGCAAUACCAAGCCAUUCUCCGUCGCAGGCAGCGCCGUGCGAAGCUUGAAGUUCAGAAUAAGCUCAUCAAAGUCCGCAAACCAUACCUUCACGAGUCUCGCCAUCUUCAUGCGUUAAAGAGAGCUAGAGGCUCUGGUGGACGUUUUCUCAACACAAAGAAGCUUCAAGAAUCAAAAUCUCCUCCAUUCUUGGCCAAAUCGGUCAAGCUCAGGCAAGUGGACAUUUUGGGCGUUGUUGCGGUCGGGUCUAGUGGCACGGACUUAACUGGGAACAACAACGACAUGUUCCAACAAGACCCACAACUCAGAUUCUCAGGUUAUCCAUCAAACCACCAUGUCUCAGUUCUCAUGUGAGAAUAGUGGUGUUGAUGAGAGACCAUGACGGGAAGUCAUCCUUGGCUAUUACUGAUCCAUAAAAGUGUGUUCUGUCUUUGAAUUCUACUUUCUGCAAUCUCUACUACAAAAAAAUAAAAAAAAAAUAAAAGAAAAUGAAGUUGAAAAUCUUUCAACUAGUUUGUUCUUUUCUUUUAUGGGAUUGUUUAUGCUGUUGGAUUGUUGAUACUUGGUUUGAACUUAAUAGUUCCGAACCUACAUGGAUUUGAGAUUUAUGUAAUAUAUAUUUGUAUAAAACCAGUGUUGUGUACAACUAAUUAAUCAUAUAUAUAUUACUAGUGGUA